AUGGAGACUAUCAACAACAUGGCGACUGCCGCAACAAAGGCUAUCUGGGGAACCAAUGAGGCUAAGGAAGAACCUAUCUCAGGCGUCAGAGGAAACACCAACAAUGGCGAGCCGUAUGACGCCGGCAACAUCGAGGACCCACAGAAAAAGGCGGAUACCGUAGGAGCUUCCAAUGAGUCUAGUACCGCUACUUCGACUACGUCCGGAGUUCCUGUCGCAUCCUCGUCUGCGACAGAACAUCCUACGAGGCACAAGGCAGACAUCGGAAAGCCCGAGUUGAAUGACCGAUCACCCGAGGAUGCGGCGCCGCAUGAUAGCGCUGCUGGCAAGACCGAUACGCGGCAUCCAACCGACCCUGCUACCGAUCCGAAGCCUGAGGGCCAAGACGUUAGCACCGAGUCCGGCACUGGUCCUACAAACAAAGGGGAUAAGCUUGAUGGGCCCGGUCCGAGACCUCUGGAGGCCGUAGCCAAGGAGCGCGGGGGCGAUGCCGGCAACAUUAGUGGCUCUUCCCACAGCGGCCUUGCUGCAGGCGAGGCAAGCGAAGAGGAGGAUGGUCCCCAGAAUAAGAGCCAUGGUGAAGGCACCGGGGAGAAGUACAUUAAGAGCACCGGUCUGGCAGCGGACGGCGGUGACUUUGAUGCGACGAAGCCCGGUGCCGGCCGUGAGGCAGACCGCCUUUUGGACGAGAAGGAUCCUGCAGCUGCAGCUGCUAGAGCAGCGGCGGCCAAGCCUGGCAGCCACAAUACUACAGAUAAUAACAACAGCGGCAGUAAACAUAGUAGCAACAGCGGUGUCGAGCGCACCCACAGCCCAAACGAUGGUAGCGAAAAGGAGAAGAAGAGUUUGGGAGACAAGAUCAAGGCAAAGUUACACCGUCACUAG